CCCCUGGAGAGUGGUGACCACAACUCAUCUCUCCUCUUCUCGUCUCCUCUUCCCCACCCCCUACCCAGCGAAAAAUCUCUAUCCCUUCGGAGAAGCGAAGGGCGAUAAUGGCCGCGGCGAACGCGUGGGGGGUGGCGGCGCCGCCGCCUCCGCCGCCGCAGCAGGCGGCGGCGCUCCACCUCGUCCGCCGCCCCUCGGCGGUGGUGCCGGCGCCGGCCGGUCGACUUACCCUCGGCGGCGGUGCGGUGCUCCGGCGCCGCUUGAUUGCCCUGAGGAAUGGGAGAAACCCUAGCUCUCUCUGUUGCCGAUGUAGCGCCGCAUCCUCCGCCGCCGGAGGCGGCGGCGGUGGCGGCGGGAGUGGCUUCGCCGAUUGGGACUGGAGCCGGUGGAGCCGUCACUUCUCGGAGAUCGACCAGGCGGAGAACUACGCUUCGGUUCUUAAGUUUCAACUCGAAGAAGCUAUUGAGAAAGAAGACUUUUCAGAAGCCGCUAAGUUGAAAAGGGCCAUUACUGAAGCAACAUCAAAGGACACUGUAGCUGAAGUUAUGUCUGAAUUGAAGAAUGCAAUAGAAGAACAGCGGUACCAUGAUGCAUCAAGAUUGAGGAGGGUUGCUGGAACUGGGUUGGUAGGUUGGUGGGUAGGGUAUGCAAAGGAUUCUGACGAUCCUUUCGGCAGAAUAGUACGGAUAACCCCAUCAGUUGGGAGAUAUGUAGCCAGGAGUUACAGUCCAAGGCAACUUCUUACUGAAUCUUCAGGGACCCCAUUAUUUGAAAUCUUUCUUAUCAAAGAUGAUGAUGGGACAUACACAAUGCAGGUAGUAUCCUUGCAGUCAGUCAAAGGAAAUUCAACUCUUUCUGCUUCAUCACCAUCAAAGUCAACAGAAGACUCAACUAAAGUUGAAGUGGAAAACCCUUCUAUUGAAAGCCCUAUGAUUAAUGAAGCUACUAAAGAGAAAGGCAAUGAUGGUGCAAAAGCAAAAACAAAUGAAGAAAUCUCAGAGAAAGAAGAAGAUGUAAAAGGAGGUGAUGCUGUAAACAGUAAGGAUAAUGGUGAGGAUGGACUAAAAAGCGUUAUAAAGUUUCUCAAGGAGAGAAUUCCGGGGUUCAAAGUUCAAGUACUAGAUGUUUCUGUCCCUGAAGAAAUCAAAGUGGAAACAGAGAUCGUCGAACAACUAGCGCAGGAAAAUGACGAGAAAGCUGAUUCUUCUGAGGAUUCGGCUGAUGAAACCGCUGAUUUGGAAAACGACCAACAAGAAGAAGAAACACUUCCAGUUGAUGAGGCUUCUGAGGAAGCUGGUAAAGAUUCCAAACUGAAGCUUUUCAUUGGGGGAGUGCUUCACAACAAAGAGGAUGUGUCACUGAAAGCGUAUGCAAGAGUUCCGGCGGAAAUGAAGAGCAUGGAGAAGGAUUCUUUUGUGCUGCAUAUUUCUGGGAGAAAUUCCAAUGCUGAUACAGGGGAAGCAAAAGCUGCGAAAAUUAAAGUUGCAGCUAUUGCUGCUCAAGUGGCCUCGGACCUUAUGCCUUCUGAAGUUGCAAAGGCUUUUUGGAGUACAAGUAAGGCAACCUCAAAGGUUACCAAGGAUGUUCAAGAGGUUUUAAAGCUUGCACUCAGCCAAGCUCAGAGAAGAAACCGACUCUCUAAUACUACUGUCUUUAAUCGAAUCAUCAUGGACAAUAAUGGUCGAGAUCCCUUUGAUGGUUUGUAUGUGGGGGCAUUUGGUCCAUAUGGUCCAGAGGUGGUACAGCUGCGGCGAAAAUAUGGUCACUGGAAUGAUUCAGAUGAAAUGGAUUCAGAAAUAGAGUUCUUUGAAUAUGUUGAAGCAGUGAAGUUAACUGGGGAUUUAAAUGUUCCCGCCGGACAGGUAACUUUUCGUGCUAAAAUUGGGAAGGGGAAUCGCCUCCUAAAUCGUGGCAUCUACCCCGAAGAGCUUGGCGUGGUAAUUUUGUCUGACCUAUGGCUCAAGGUCGGCAGUUUCAAAGGGCAAGGACGAAUAGCCGAACCUGGAUUUAAGAAUCCUCGGUGGGUUGACGGCGAACUGCUCCAGCUCAAUGGCAAGGGAAUGGGUCCGCACAUCAGAGGCGCAGAGCUCGGCUUUCUGUACAUCGUACCGGAGCAGAGCUUCCUGGUUUUGUUCGACCGGUUAAAUCUCCCAGAAUAAUGCGGUUGCAUUACCCAAAUCAAAUUCACGCGCACGUUCCAUUCACACAAGCCCUUGAGAUUGAAAGAAGGCCGAGCGAGAACCCACGCGACCUUCUCCGCCAUUUCCCUGGGAUUUUCGAGCUCCCGUUAACGACCUCAACGUAGUCGCGCUCUUCCUCCGACUCCGAACUUUGCUGUUGUGGGGGGAUUGUAGUAAUCGAAGUUAACUUAAAAUGUUUCUUUUGUAUCAUGUAGAGGUAAAUCUUAAGCCAAUUCCGCUGCUGCCGGCAUUACUUGUUACUGGUCUUGUAAUCUGUUGAAGCUAAUACCAACUGGCUGACUUCUAUGCAUUCGAGAUUGUAAAAUGUUUGCGUAGUUUUGAUACGUAAGUUUUCACUUAACAUACGCAUGAUGUACCGUACAUGAAAAUUUUCCCGGUCUUUUUUUUUUUAUUUUUUGGGUAUUUUGGGUAUAGAGUCCCCAAACUAUCACUUUGGAUGCAUGAAUAUAUUAGUAGAUGUAUCUUUCCUA